AUGUUCGCGCCCAACGCGACGUCUAGCGGCAGCCUCGAGGCGCGCCAGCGCGUGGCGCAGCUGCAGCUCCAGUCUGCAACAAAGCACGUGAUCGCCGUGGGGCGCGUCGUGCGCAGCUCGUACUGCGAUCACUCUGGCUGGGGCUACAAGCAGGGCAGCAUCAUCAAGAGCUGGAAGCGUCGCUACUUCGUGCUUAAGGGGCGAGAGCUCAUCUAUUUCUCAGAGCGAUCGCCCAGCGGCAAGGGAAUCGACGAAAAAGGAAGACUGCGCAUCAGCGGCGUCGAAUUCACGCCCGAGUUCACGAAUGCGCUGCUGGUACGAGGGGAACUCAAGAAUCAGGCAGUAAAAAUGCAGGUAGACUCGAACGAGGAGAGCGACGAGUGGUUCCGCAAGAUCUCCGAGGCUCUGCAAGCUGCCAGGGACGAAGCCUUGGCUGGGGCUAAUCAAAGAGGAGAAGCAGGCAGUGGAGCAGUGGCUAUGAAGGGCUGGCUGCUGAAGGAAGGACAGAACUUUAAGACAUGGAAGCGACGCUAUAUGACCUUGACGGGGAGGACGAUUCAGUACAGGGCGCAACCUAACGAGAAGCCGUUGGGUGAGACCAGAGUGAAUGCGGUCAAUAUUAACCCAUCGAGACCCUUCGCAUUGGAUAUUUACUCAGAUAAUAACCGGAUUCUGCGGAUUGCAGCGGACUCGUUUGCGGAUAUUGAGGCGUGGGAUCACGCAUUUGCCAAGGCUACUGGUAAGCGACCGUGCUUUGGAGAUCCGUACGCUGGACAGGAUGCCCCGUUCCUUGGAGAGACGUUCGAAGAGAGUGUACUGUGCGAAGGAUGGCUCUAUAAGAGAGGACAGCGGUCGACGGAGUGGCAACGGCGGUACUUUAAGCUGAAGGGAUUUAAAUUGCAGUAUCAGGACGGGCCUGGUGAGAGCGUGCCCAAAGGUGCAGGUACAGUGGUGGGGUUAAAGCUUGGCGAGUCAGGGUCCAACAGUGUGUAUGUACAGUUGAGCUCGGGGCGUGUGCUCUGUGUGAGUGCAGACAGUCAGGCGUCGGUGGAUAAAUGGGUUAAAGCUAUCUGCAGUCUACUGGAUAAGGAUCCCAAAACCUUGGAGAAGGAAUCUUCUGCUUCGGCCAAUGUCUCCAAGGGUGCGAGUACCAGUAAUCUGCUAACACGCGCACUUAGUCGUGCUGGGUCCAAUGCAUGUGCUCCGCCAGUUAUAGCUUCACGCAGUGCUCGGUCGAGUCUUACCGGCGCUGGUGGCUACUUGGAAGGUUACGAUGACACACCAGAGACAGACGACAGCAAUUCUGGUCAGCUUUUGCGUGAUUCUACUGGGAGUUACAGGUCUUCUUUCGGUACUGGAAGCAACUCAUCGUCUACAACACCCAGAGCUUCCACUCUGAAUCGCAAAUGUGGAUGGCUACGCAAAGAAGGCGCCCGUGUUCGUUCACUCAAGCGUAGGUAUUUCAUGGCAGACGGCAACAAACUGUACUACUUCGAGCAGAUUGGCGAGGCUCCGCGUGGUAACGGCAUUGUGAAAAGUGCCGUCCCCAACGAUACGUAUCCUAACUGUCUGGAUUUUAUCCUCACGUCUGGCCGUACACUGCGUGUCGUGGCUGAGUCUCCUGAUGAGAUCCGCUCGUGGCUCGACCACUUUAACGAAUGUAUUCCAGGUGGCGACAACUCCGAGGAACGUCGCAGUGCAUUGGAGAGAUUAUCGCUUGGCGCCGCGGAAGAUUCGGCUUCAAGUGUGACUGAAUCUGGUGCUGGUUGGCUGCUGAAAAAAGGACAGAACUUUAAGAACUGGAAGCGCCGAUUCUUUAAGCUUGAGGGUAAACAGUUUUCGUACGCGAGCGCGCCAGACGCCCCACCUCUUGGACGCGGAGUGGUGGAGAAGGUCACGAUUGGCAAUGCGAGACCAUUCUGUCUGGACGUUCGCUUCCAGAAUGGCCGUAUCAUGCAGGUUGUAGCGUCAAAUGAGAGCGAGAUGCUGGCCUGGCAUCGCUUGUUGCAAGCUGCGGUUCUGUCGGAGCCGAUCGAAAGCGACUUGAGGCAGGACACGCAGUUCGACUUCGAUGACGCAGAGGAAGAUGCACAGCUGGACAGUAUGCGCACUGUGGUGACAGCAGCCACGGCGUUCAAGCGAGGAUUGUCGAAGGCGUCGUCAACAGUGAGCACAGCUUCGAGUGACGGUAGUUAUACCCAGCAAGAAGUGAAAUCUACUGGUCAGAGUGCAGAGGAACUGGUGAAGAAGACUAACGAGCGAGCAGAAGCAGCAGCGAAGGCGGUGGCGGUUGCUGUGGCAGGGGCUGGAAGGCGAUCACUGCGUCUGGGAACGGCGGAGACCGAAGAACCGGUCGUGUGCAGCGGUUGGCUAAGGAAGGAGGGUGGUACCGUCAAGAACUGGAAGCGCCGCUACUUCACGCUACAUGGCCCCACUCUGUGCUACUUUAAAAGCGACAACGGGGCGCUCCUGCGUAGCUUCACAAUCUGUCAUGUCGUGACCUUGCGGACGAAACGACUGUGUCUGGAGAUCACGACGGAGGUGGGGCGCAAGCUGCUGGUGGCCAGCGAGACGCAGGCGGAUCUGGACCGUUGGCUGGACCAUUUGCACCGCGCUAUUGCAGCGGAGAAAAGAAAGAAGCAUGGGGCCGACGCUCCCCAAUGGGCGAAGGAGACACCGGUCGCUGCCGCACCGCUGGCCCUGCUUGUCGACGCCCCCAAACCCGGCAGCCUCGCGUACAAGGUGCUUUAA